AUGAGGAGCGAGGAGGGCACACUACACAUGAGGAGCGAGGAGGGCACACUACACAUGAGGAGCGAGGAGGGCACACUACACAUGAGGAGCGAGGAGGGCACACUACACAUGAGGAGCGAGGAGGGCACACUACACAUGAGGAGCGAGGAGGGCACACUACACAUGAGGAGCGAGAAGGGCACACUACACAUGAGGAGCGAGGAGGGCACACUACACAUGAGGAGCGAGAAGGGCACACUACACAUGAGGAGCGAGGAGGGCACACUACACAUGAGGAGCGAGGAGGGCACACUACACAUGAGGAGCGAGGAGGGCACACUACACAUGAGGAGCGAGGAGGGCACACUACACAUGAGGAGCGAGGAGGGCACACUACACAUGAGGAGCGAGGAGGGCACACUACACAUGAGGAGCGAGGAGGGCACACUACACAUGAGGAGCGAGGAGGGCACACUACACAUGAGGAGCGAGGAGGGCACACUACACAUGAGGAGCGAGGAGGGCACACUACACAUGAGGAGCGAGGAGGGCACACUACACAUGAGGAGCGAGGAGGGCACACUACACAUGAGGAGCGAGGAGGGCACACUACACAUGAGGAGCGAGGAGGGCACACUACACAUGAGGAGCGAGGAGGGCACACUACACAUGAGGAGCGAGGAGGGCACACUACACAUGAGGAGCGAGGAGGGCACACUACACAUGGCACCACAGAGCACAGCAGGGCGGGCUGACCUUGUGCCUUCCGAGGAGCCUGGCAGUGGCAGAGCAGUGGCACAGCAGUGGCAGAGCAGUGGCAGAAAGCAAUGA